ACUAGGUUUAUGUUUAUUUAGGGAAAGCGCAUCUACCCGCAUGCACAGGUACGAAUGAUAACGUCGUAGAUGAUGUGCAGCCUGACGGAUGACCACACACUCUGACCAUGGGGCCUCCAGCUCCUGGUGAGGCCGGGGGCCCCCCGCUCCGAUCGGUGCAUUGACUUUGUGUCUUCACACGAAUCUUCCAUCGCGUCCAUUGUGUUAAACAUUCACCAGGGUUACAUUUUCACACCGGGAACGGGGCCAUGUUUUAGUCUCCUGUGGAAAAUGUGGGCAGGCUUUUAAUUGAACUGUAUCCGUAGGUGAAUCAGCACAGCGAUGACGGCAGAUCACUACUUCUCCUUCUUCUCCGUGACUUGAUUUCAAUGCACACUGCCUGAGCCUGGGGGAAGUGACCGGCCCAGCCUGAGCCCGCUCCCUGGACUUAACCAUUCAUUCAUUCAUUCAUUCAUUUAUUUCCCUCGGUUGCCUGCUGGGGACCAGUUUCCCCAUCACCACCACCACCACCACCACCGCCGUCAUCUGUGUGGAGGGUAAGCCGCAGCCGCUUCACUACUCUUCCCCCGGCAGUGAGCAGUGGCUUCCCGGCCUCCACGGCGUCAACACACCCCGGUGCAGGUUCACACGUCCGGCGAAGAGGCGAACAUGUCGACGCGGGGGGACACGGCGUUAAGUGAGAACACUCUUUUUGGGAUGGGAAAUCCCUUGCUCGACAUUUCAGCUGUCGUGGACAAAGAUUUCCUUGACAAGUUUGGACUGAAACCAAACGACCAGAUCCUCGCCGAGGACAAACACAAAGCCCUGUUUGAAGAAAUUGUCAAGAGGAACAAAGUUGAAUACCAUGCUGGUGGCUCAACCCAGAACUCAGUGAAAAUUGCCCAGUGGAUGAUCCAGAAACCCCACAAGGUGGCCACCUUCUUCGGGUGCAUCGGUACCGACCACUUCGGGGAGAUCCUGAAGAAGAAGGCCGAAGAGGCCCACGUCGAUGCCCACUACUACGAACAAAACGAGGAGCCGACCGGUACCUGUGCAGCCUGUAUCACCGGGGACAAUAGGUCCCUUGUUGCAAACCUGGCAGCGGCAAACUGCUACAAAAAGGAAAAACACCUGGACUUGGACAGCAACUGGGAGCUGGUGACGAAAGCCAAGGUCUAUUAUAUUGCGGGUUUCUUCCUGACCGUGUCCCCGGAGUCGAUCCUCAAAGUGGCGAAGCACGCUUCAGAUAACAACAAAAUCUUCUGCAUGAACCUCUCGGCACCUUUCAUCAGCCAGUUCUUUAAAGAGCCCUUGAUGAUGAUCAUGCCUUAUGUCGACAUCCUGUUUGGCAACGAGACGGAGGCGGCCACGUUUGCCAAAGAGCUGGGCUUUGAGACGGAUGACAUUGCGGAGAUCGCACAGAAGACCCAGAACCUCCCCAAGGCCAACGCCAAGAGGCAGCGAGUGGUGGUCUUCACUCAGGGCAAGGACGACACCGUUGCGACUGUUGGUGAGCGAGUGACCAUGUUCCCUGUGUUGGACAUCGACCAGAACGAUAUCGUGGACACAAACGGCGCAGGAGAUGCCUUCGUGGGAGGAUUCCUCUCUGCGUUGGUCCAAGAGCACGCACUGGAGGAGUGCAUCCGGGCCGGACACUACUCUGCCAACGUCAUCAUCAGACGGGUCGGGUGCACUUUCCCAGAGAAGCCAGAGUUUCACUGAUGCAGCCCGAGCUCUGCUCACUUGUCUUUUCCAUAAGAUGUUUGGAUAUCUAUGCUUCUUGUGGAUUUUCUGUAAAAAAAAAAAAAAAAAAAUGAAAGAAAGAAGGAAAAGAAAGGAAUUUCUAUUUACUGACUCAGGUUUGAUAUUGUAACGCCUCACGUGUUUUAAUACGACUAAAACAUUGUACAAGUAUCUAAUGUUGAAAUAUUAUGGUCAUGUCUAAAGGAGCAUUCCACUGAAAAUCUUUGUUGUAUCAAAAACUCGACGCCUACUGGCCUGAAAGGUGAAAACUUUUCUUACCACUCCUGCUGCGUAAUCGACCCUCCAACCUUGACCAAUAUCAUUUCUGUGUUUAAAACUCUUGUUUUAUGUCCUGAUAUCACAUCCUCUAUCACAUCCUCAUUGCGCUGAAGCUUUGCUGGACAUAGCAUAUUUAGAGAGUUAUUUGCAAAGCGGCGAUAUAGUUUGGAUCGCGCUGAAGAUUGGAUGGGUGGUGGAGAAGUACAUUAUCCAGCAGGAUAAGUUUGAAAGGUUUCUGUGGACGUGUGGCUCUGAAAAGUUUGUCUCUUGCUCCUUCGUGCAGGAGUUGCAGUCAGUUCCAAUAGUGACCCAUUACCAAACCUAUUUAAACACCCAUAGAAACUUCUCAGACCUGUAUACUCAAUAUGUUCCUAAUAAUUAAAGCUCCACCAAUAAAAUGCUAUAAUUACACAACUUCCUUUCAUGCUUCUAAGCUAUGAGGAGGAAAUUGUUUAUUUAUUUAUCUAAACCAUCCUUCACGAAGCGGCAAGCUACAAACUCUUUAGAGUCUUUCAAGCCUGCAGGGGUCGAGUGUUGUGAUGCUAUGGACAUGUACUAUGAAAUAUGAAACAUUUUCUGUUGAUUAUUUCCUGGAAUAUUCAGCUGCAAGGCUGCAGAAAUCAUGAACGGGAUGCAGUUAUGGGAGCGCAUUCCAAUUUCCGGAAGUGACAGAUUUAACAGGACAAAACUGGAAAUAAUGUUCUUUUUUGUUGUUGUUAUUACCCAAAUAAAACAAUAUCAAACUCA